CAACUGCGCAUUCAAAACGAAUUCCCACUACUUGCAAAAUCAAAAACUGAUCGAAAACUGAAAUUUGUAAGCAGUGGAUCAUGCCAGAUGAUGACAAUGGGGUCAUUGAUGUUAAAGACUUUAUCCGGCAGACUCUGCAAAUUACAUCGUACUUUCUGUUGGGCGCCAUUCCGAUAUGGAUGUUGAUAUCGAUCUAUACGACAAAGGAGCACAUAAUCUAUACGCUAGUCUGUUUCUUUGGCUCGUUCGUCGUGCUAACUCUGAUACACAUGAGUCAUAAAUUGAAAUAUCAGAAGCCCCUGAACUGGAUAUGCAUAAUAUUGUGCUAUGGUCUGAUGACUGUCGGAUUGGGAACUUUCAUAAUGAAUACAAAACUAAUCACUACCAUGAUUGUAGUGGCAGUGACUUUUAUGAUUUGGGCAGCCGUUUUAUUUAUAUGUUGGUUUCUGAUUAACAACUGGAACUACCCGCAUCCAUUCAAAUUGGCCGCAAUCGCCAUUCUGGGAUUCAUUGUGGUCAUUGUGAUAUUUGCUCUGGACACAAUACAGUCCUGGAAACAUACGAUGGAUGCAGCUUUGGCUGUGCUUCUAUGCAGUGUGGUAAUCCUAAUGAUAUCCCAUGUGCUAAUUACCUACGAUGGCAGCGAUAUUGUGAUAAAAGACGAUACCUUGCUGAUCGCCUUUGUACUCUAUAUGGACUAUGUACUUAUAUUGGUGGCCAUCUUCAUAUCCAUGAUUCGCAUUCGAAAUUUUCACCACUUGGACGAACGUGAUUAACGUGAUGGCAUGCAAGGCUUUGCAAAGAAAAAAAACAACUGUGGACCAAGAACGCCGCUGCUCCACACAAAUAUGGCAAACAGCGCCAAAUGAAUCGCCAAAUGACUGGGACAAAGGCAUCGUCAUACUCGUAUGUAUUGUCCGGCGGGACGACCUCAAUCACGUCUCGCUCUUGGACUGAAUCAUGUGAAUCACGGGCGAUGCCAGCUGCCGAUACGUGACUCUCAAAAUCGAAAUCGAAGGCUGCACUAGAAAGCGAGAAGCCGUUCAAGAUUAUUCAAUUACAUUGAGAAUUGUGGUGUCGCGUUGGCUUGAUUGUAUGUGGGUGUAGAUUAUUAAUAUACUUGUAAGAUAUUUUUUAAUAUAUAUACGUGUAUACAUGUAAGUAUUUUAAAGUAA